UGCGCAUGCGUGUUGAGUAACCCAGUCUCUCUACCGUAUCUUCUCAAUCCGCUUAGAUCCGCGGAACGUCGAGACGUUCAGGCUCUUAACAUGUCCCAACAUAUAAGACUCUACACAAAGGGCAUUGUGCUCGGCUACAAACGCAGUCUGCGCAACCAGAAGCCGAACACGUCGUUGCUAAAGCUCGAGGGCGUAGGAGAUCGCAAAGAGUCGCUGUUUUAUUUGGGAAAGCGGGUGGCGUUCGUGUACAGAGUGAAGAAAAGGAAACGUGAUACUCAUCCAAAAGGAAAUCGCAAGUCAAAUAAAGUGCGUGUGAUGUGGGGACGAGUGACGCGACCGCACGGUAACAGUGGUGCUGUGAGAGCGAAAUUUAGACACAAUUUGCCGGCUAAAGCAAUGGGAGCGACUGUUCGAGUGAUGCUCUACCCAUCAAGAGUCUAGAGACAAUUAGUUGUAAUGUGCUUCUUGCUGUGUCAAUACAAUACAAUACGAUAACCACA